AAUCAUGUCGAUUUUAAUAAAAUUUUUUUAUAUUUCAGGUUGUGAACAUCAAAGUGCGUAUGUAGGAAAUAAUCUUAGAACACGAUCCACUCCAGUAAGUCCGGACAAGCAGCGAUUACCACUUUCCUCGGAUAAAAUAGUAGGAUUGGCAGAAAGUUUGAUUGGAGAAGUUCUUGUAGCUGAAGGUCUUGGAAAAUAUUGCGAUUCAGAAUUUGUGGGUUAUGCAACACGUGAAAUGCAAGAAGCUUUGGAUAUGACGCCAGAAGAAAUGAACUUAGCGGCACAUAACAUACUACUACAAGAAAACGAUAUGCAAGUGACAGAUCAAUAAUAAUUUACACAUCAUUUAUAAGAGCCAGGAAAACUACGUUAUCUAAAACUUCUCCAAAAAUAUCAUCAAUAUAAUUCAAUGUUUUGAUAUUGAAAGUAUGUAAUCUAAAUUUUUUAUUCUACUUUGUUAACUUUGUGAAACCAAUACAGGCAAUUGUUAUUUGUUUAUUUAUUACUA